AUGUCAAGUCAGCAACAACGAAAAAGACUAGAACGAACAGCGAUCACCAAACAACGACCUGAAGAGUCUCCAGCAGUACAGUGGUUUGACUGGCUGGGCCAGUUCCAGAUACGGAAAUAUGCUAGUUUGCUAACCUUGCUUUUUUGCCUUUAUGUGCGUUGGACAGUUGGACUUAACAAGUAUUCUGGUUUUGAUGCACCUCCAAUGUAUGGAGACUACGAGGCACAACGCCACUGGAUGGAACUCACGCUCCAUAUCCCCAUAAAACAAUGGUAUUACUAUGAUCUCGAUUGGUGGGGACUUGAUUAUCCGCCAUUAACGGCAUACGUGAGCUGGAUUUGUGGUAAAAUUGGCUCUUUUUUUAAUCCUGAUUGGUUUGCAUUGGAUGUCUCGCGAGGCUAUGAAAGCUUAGAGAGUAAAAUGUUUAUGCGGUCUACCGUGGUUUUUUUUGAGUAUGUGAUUUAUGUGCCUGGAAUUUUUGUGUUUGUGAAUUGGUGGUUCAAUGACGCGUCAAGGAAAAAGAAGGAUCUAGCUACGCUACUAAUUCUUCUUCAACCCGCAUUGAUAUUGAUCGAUCAUGGUCAUUUUCAAUACAAUUCUGUUAUGCUCGGACUCUCAAUUUGGGCAAUCGAUUGUUUUUUGUACGAUUACGAUGUGUUAGGCAGCAUCUUUUUUUGCCUCGCUUUGACGUUCAAGCAAAUGUCAUUGUAUUAUGCGCCUGCCAUCUUCGCUUAUUUGUUGGGAAAAUGCUUUAAAGGAGAGCAUGGAUUUUUGCUUUUUAUAAAACUUGGAUUAACAGUUCUUGUAACUUUCGGCGUAAUAUUUAUGCCGUUCCUAGAUUCAAUUGACCAUAUCAGUCAAGUGAUCACGCGUGUGUUUCCCUUGCAACGUGGACUAUAUGAAGAUAAAGUGGCGAAUGCGUGGUGCGCGAUGAAUGUUAUUGUCAAAUUGAGAGAAAUUUUUGAGAUUCAGACGUUGACGAAAAUUAGACUUGGUAUAACACCCGACAAACGUUCACUUGUUUACGGGAUCGCAAAUUCAUCGUUGGCGUUCUUUAUGUUCUCUUUUCAGGUUCACGAAAAAUCUAUAUUGUUACCUGCUCUUCCGAUUACUCUAUUAUUACUGGAUGAGGGCUUUUGGAGCUCGUGGUUUAUCAAUGUUGCGGUGUUUAGCCUGUUCCCACUUUUGAAAAAGGAAGAUCUAGCGUUACCCUAUUUUGUCGUGUGGCUCUUGUGGAACUGGGUCGGCGGAUUUUUGAGUCAUUCCGAUAUUGAUGACCAUGACAAUAAUCAACCUUUACUUUUGCGAUUAUUCUUUUGGGUAUCCCACUUAACCAUGGUUUUUCUCCAUAUAGCAGAAUUCAACAUUUCACCACCAAAGCAAUACCCUGAUCUCUACGUAGUAUUAAAUAAACCACUAACGACAAUAAUACAGAAAGCGACACCCACAAUAAUACCACGCGCCUCUUUACACAGUUCGCGUGUGUAUAAUAGGGUCACAGCUAGUUCAACAGGUAAAGAACACCUCGUACCUACAACGGGCACAUACCCAAGAGGGUUCAAAGCAACUGGUCUUCACUGCGGUGUAAAAAAGAACGGCAAGAAGGACCUUGCGCUAAUAUUCUCGGAAGCACCAUGUACAGCCGCCGCGGUAUUCACCACCAAUGUAUUUAAAGCAGCCCCAGUUCUAGUAUCUCGUGAAAUCCUAGAAAAGAAUCCUGCUAACGUUAGAGCGUUAAUAGUAAACUCUGGGUGCGCGAACGCGGUAACGGGCACAAAAGGUUUAGAAAACGCACGAAAAGUCUCGGAUGUUGUGUCGUCAUUGUCUGGGACACCGGACAGCGCACUUUUAAUGUCAACCGGCGUCAUUGGUCAACAUAUUCCCGUUGAAAAGAUUAUCGACGGUGCGCGAGUCGCGUUUCAUGAGUUGGGUGAAUCGCAUAAAAGUUGGCUGGCAACCGCCGAAGCGAUAAUGACCACUGACACGUUUCCGAAACUACGUUCGCGAGAAUUCAGAAUACCUUCCAGUGGUUUGACGUAUCGUAUGGCCGGGAUGUCGAAAGGCGCCGGGAUGAUACAUCCGAAUAUGGCAACGUUGCUGGCCACCGUGUUGACGGAUGCGCCUGUUACAGAAAAUGUGCUGAGUAGUGCGUUGAAGUAUGCCGUGGAUAGAUCGUUCAAUGCGAUAAGUGUUGAUGGCGAUAUGAGCACGAAUGACACUUUUGCUGUGUUGGCUAAUGGAGCAGCUGCAGAUCUAAGCAAAAAGGGUGGUGUCAUUAUCGAUAACUUGGACAGUAAAGACUUUGUACAGUUUCGAGAUGAUCUUACUGAUUUUGCAGCUGAAUUGGCUCAGUUAAUUGUACGAGAUGGUGAAGGCGCGACAAAAUUCGUGACAAUACAUGUCAAGGGCGCACAAUCAUUCAACGACGCCAAACAAGUUGCAUCGACAAUCGCCACAUCCGCACUCGUAAAAACUGCCUUAUUCGGCCAAGAUGCCAAUUGGGGACGCAUACUCUGUGCAGUCGGCUAUUCGGGCGUAAAAUCGAUCAAUCCAUCAAGUGUCUCCGUGUCAUUCAUCCCAACCGACGGUACAACACCUCUGAAUCUUCUCGUCAAUGGUGAACCAGAACUCGUUGACGAAAAACGCGCCAGUGAAAUUCUGGCGAUGGAAGACUUGGAAAUUGGUGUUGAUCUUGGGGGAGGUGAUCACUCGGCCAAAAUGUGGACUUGUGAUUUUAGUCAUGAGUAUGUGACUAUUAAUGCUGAUUAUCGAACCUGA